AACGAUUUGGCCAACGUGAUUCGCAAGCACGCCGACAUUUUUCCAGACGACCUACCGGCAGGUUUGCCACAUGAGCGAGACCACGACCACAAAAUCGAGUUGGAGCUCGGCGCGCAACCGACUGUUCGGACGCAAUGGCGGCUGACUCAACCCGAACUGGAUGAAAUUCGACGCCUGCUGGACUACCUGCUCGAGAAAGGUUUCGUUUGCCCCAGCACUUCCCCGUUCGCAACUCCGAUCCUGUUCACCCCGAAGAAAGAUGGCAGUCUACGAAUGUGUAUUGACUACCGCGCCUUGAAUCGGGUUACCAUCAAGUCCCGCUAUCCUAUCCCGCAUGCCGACGAACUCAUCGACCAACUUCGCGGUUACCAUCAGAUCCGCGUGCACGAAGCUGAUUGCUACAAGACGACGUUUAGAACCCGGUACGGGAGUUACGAGUACACGGUUAUGCCAUUUGGCUUAACAAACGCGCCUUCGACGUUCCAGUUAACCAUGAACGAAGUUUUUCGGCCGCUACUGGAUAAAUGCGUCAUCGUGUACCUCGACGAUAUCCUGAUCUACAGCACUACCGGGGAACAGCAUUUGAAGGAUUUGGAAGCGGUCUUCUCGCUCCUGCAGCAGCACCAACUCAUAACCAAAGGCUCUAAGUGCGAGUUUCUAAAACAAGAACUGGAGGUUUUGGGACACGUUAUUUCCAUCGACGGUGUUAAAAUCGACCCGAAGAAGAUCGCGACCAUACAAGACAGGAAGCCGCCGGCUAAUCUCCAUGAACUUCAAAGUUUCCUGGGGUUUGUGAAUUACGUUCGCCGAUUCAUCCCAAACAUGGCAGGGGUAACUUCCCCACUCACGGAUCUCCUGAAGAAAGGCAAGUUUUAUGAAUGGGGGGGAGAGCAGCAAGCUGCAUUCAAACAGCUCAAACUUUUCCUAACUACACAUGCGGUUCUUCGAAUUGCAGAUCCUCACCGUCCGUUCGAGCUCAUCACCGACGCUAGCGACCUGGCUGUUGGCGCAAUACUGUUACAAGACUUCGGCAAAGGCCUCCAACCCAUCGCCUAAGAGUCACGAAAGCUGAACCUGGC